AUGGCGCACAGCGAGUGUCUUGCGAAGCGGUUAGGCGCAACGUGUCUUGCUGCGGCAGACGAGCGCCUCGAGAGAGGACAGCAUGGCCCGGGCCCAGCUGUGUCCGCGGGCAAGCAGCCGUGGGAGCGCGUUUGCGUGCGAUGCAAAGACAACGGGUUUGCAGUCGAUCAGAGCAUUGUCCGCUGCGUUCCGCGAGAUGAGCUUCUGGCGCUCCGACCCAAGGGUGGCUCCGCCGACGGCUUUCGCGAUGCACCGGCCUCUUAUGCGGAGAGGUUCAAGUACUGUCUCAUCAAUGACAGCGGCGAUCUGAGCAGAGCCGAGGGGCGCACCUGCAAGGAUGGUCCAAAGCACAAGGACGUAAGCCAAGAUGGCGCGCUCGUCCUUCUUCACCCUGACUCGCCGCUGCCGCCGCCACACUGGGUGACUCCCUCGGCUGCCGACUAUGGACAGCCAGAAGGCGGCCCAUUGGAGCUCUCUGUGAUGUACAAGACUUUUGUGCCACUGGGCAGAGGCAGCCGGCGCCCGGUUUUAGCUACGCAGCGACUGGGGCAGCGCAACGAGCAGCUGUCUUUCGAUGACGGCAUCCCGCGUGACAUUCUUCCGGCCUUGGUCGAAGCUCUGCCUACCAUCUCCGCCGCCGCCACCGCUGGCCCGUCAACCUCCCGCAAUGUCCUGUCAACCUCCUGGUCGGUCAACCUUCAGCCCGUUAACGGAGAGGGAGGAGACCCGUCGCAAGGAAGCGGAGCCCAGCCCGCCAGGAAGCGGCCGGCUGCCGCGCCAGUGGAUGACCUGGUGGCCAGGGCGAGCACGCUUCAGAUAUCUGGCUUGAGCGAAGGGGAGAGGCUCGCGCUCGCGGCGAAGCUCAAAGCCGUCGUCAAUGUCUUGGAAGAUCCAACUGUAUCCCUCGCGAACGAAGAGGAGGCGAGAAACGUUGAGUCCGCAUUGAAGAUGAACGGAGAAUUUGAGCCAGACGGGGGCUUGCAGCUGCGGAGCGCUGGGGCAUCAAGGCGGAGCGAGCGGGGGGGAUCCCCUUCGGCCGCAAAGCAGGAGCCGAGCGACGAGUCGAGUGACGAGGAAGAGGCGAUAGUGUACAGGAGCACCCGCAGGUAG